GCAUGAGCCCCCACCAGCCUCAAUAAUUCCAGUUCCCUACUGGACUAUUGGUCGUAUCAGCAGCCAGUUUCAAUUUAAUCCAGUCUGCGUGGAGUUACAUGUAGAGGUAGACGCAUCGAAUGCAAAGAAAUCCACCUCCUCGUGUACCGGGCGCCAUGUGGUAAAUUCGUCGAUCGUUGUUCUUUACAUCUCCAAAGACUCUGCUGAAACGAGUUAUUCAUGCAGCCGAACCGGCUGACCUUUUUCACAUAAUUCACACUCAUUCCUCUCGAAACAGACCGUGCCUGUUGUCUACCCGCUACUGUCUUCUAUUUCGAUUGUCGGACAUCUGUCCUUAGCACUCUGCCGAGAGAGUACUUCAUUGUAUAUCAAGAGAAUUUGGUGCACUGAUUGAAAGGUGAAGCGUUUACCUCGUCAACUAUAACGGUGCGACAAGUGUAAUUAUUGUUAUAAAUAAUGAAACACUUGCACACUCUAUUCCUGCAUAUCAGUGUGUUUUCGGUAUGAAACAUUACAUGGAAAAAUAUCGUGUAUUAGUUUUUGAUAAUUAGUUUGAAGAAUCUUGUGAAAGAGUGAAAAUCAAACGCUUACGAUACGUCCUUGAAGAGGAUGCCGGUGGAAAGGUCGUCAAAGAUGGAUAUUCGAUUAUUUGUUUUACUCUUCUUCUUCCCGUUUGUUCAUCAAAGUAUCAACGCUGAAAAUUUGAAACUAUGCGUGGUCGAGAGCAUUCAUACAACAAAAAGGGUCCGCGAACUUUGCAAGCAGUUGGUAAUCUCAGGGAGUCAGGUAGAGUGUGUUAUAGGAAAUGAUAGGUUUAAUUGCCUGCGGCGAUUGACCAUGGCCAAAGCCGACUUUACCGUAAUGGAACCGGAAGAUCUGGUCGCAGCAUCCGCGUACAACGAAUACAACAUUCUAGUCACGAACGAGCUAAGAAUGCUUCCAGAUGAGAAGCAACGUUAUGAGAUGGUAGUCAUAGUAUCUAAGGAUGUGAGGAAUAUAUGGGACGUUAAGGGUAAGAGAUUCUGUCAUCCUGGACUGGAUACCACCGAUGAUUGGACCAAUGCAUUUUCUACGUACUUUGACGAAUGGGUAAUAUUGAGAAAAUGUGAUCCGGAUAAGACGUUGUUGGAGAAUCGAAUGGACGGUUUGUCGAAUUUCUUCGAAGCAGCUUGUAUUGCUGGCGCUUGGACCGCCGAUACCACAUAUGAUAGUAAAUUAAAAUCGAAGUAUAGGAAUCUUUGCGCCGCGUGCGAUAAUCCAGUCGGCUGUUAUACGAAUGAUGCCUAUUACGGUCGCGAAGGUGCUUUAUUCUGCCUCACUGAUAACGCAGGUGACAUUGCCUGGGUUAGAUUAAAUGAUACUCUGCUGCAUUUUAAGAUGGAACGGAUCAGUAAAGAAAAUUACAAGUAUCUUUGUCCGGAUGGUACGACGAGGCCCGUGAAACUUGACAAACCAUGCGUAUGGAUAACAAAACCAUGGCCGAUGGUCGUCGCUAGAUCAGAGGUAGCAGAGAAGGUGGAGAAGAUGAUGAGCUCCUUGAAAAUGGACAAGUUCAGUUCGAUACUACGCCAAUUGUUGGAAAAUUAUCAUCCAACGCCGGUGAGCACAGAUACUCUGGAAACGCCGGAGGACUUCCUAACAAGAUUUCCUCGUUUCAUGACCGCUAAUAAUCGUGCAACGUGUCAUCCAUCGAGAAGAGUGAAAUGGUGCGUCGCGUCCAAUUUGGAAGAGAACAAGUGUCGGUGGCUCAGGGAAGCUUCGAUCGUGUAUGGUGUGGAACCAGCAAUUUCGUGUAUCCAGGAAUUGAGCAGAGCAGGUUGUUUAAAGACUCUCAAGACCGAGCGUGCGGAUAUAUUCGUUGCAAAGCCGGAGGAGCUGUUUGACGCUAGAAAAAUGGGUCUAAAAACGAUCGUGCAGGUGGUACCCAAGAGGAACAAUGACUUCGUUAGAAUUGCGGCUAUCGUCCAACAGGAUUCAUGGAUCAAGAGUUUGAGAGACUUGAAAGGAGUCAAGGCAUGUUUCACGGGAUAUCGAGACGUUGGGUGGUACGCUUUUGUGGCUGCUCUGAAGAAUAUAUCAGGUACAAAGUCUUAUUGCUCGGACACAGAAGCAGUUGCUAACUUUUUUACAGAGAGUUCCGUUGUUGGUUUGAGUGACAGUGACGGCCAAAUGCCAUAUAAUUUACAUGCCUUGAAUAUCCAAGCGAACGGAGUUGGGAAAGAUUUGAUUGCCUUUGACUGCAUGAUGUCUGAUGUUGGAGACGUGGCUUUUGUUGAUUUAAAGAACAUCGAGGGGAAAAUUGGCAAUCCUGGCUAUCAGACGAGGAAUAACAAGUACCGAACCCUAUGCCUUAAUGAGGUCGAUUCGGAUGAAACAUGUUUGCUUACGUGGGCUCCGUUAGGCAUGGUGAUAACACAUGAAAAUAUAACAGACGUAAGACGAGAAGAAAUCUACUCGAUGCUUUUGGAAAUGGACAAGCUUUUCGGAAUUACUUUCAAGGGCCCAACGCCUGCGUUCUCCAUGUAUGGAAUAUAUGAUUCAAAUCAUAGUAUUAUAUUUCCGAUACAGAGGCACAGCCAUGUUCAUCUGUGUAAAUGCCGCAGCCAAUUACUGUACCGAUUGAGCUGAUGGAACCAACCGGCUUUCGAGGUUCUCCAGAUGUCGAUGUUCCGCUUGCAAGCCGUUUCUUACGAUCGUAUGCUACUACUCCAACCGCGCUAACCUAAUAUUCAUAUUUUCUAACUAUAUUUUAUGAAACUUGAGAACUUAUAGUAGCUAUUAGAUCUUUGUUUAUCCUUUUGUAGAUAUACUAACAGAGAAACACAGUUUAGGAUUAAAUAAAAAUUGUAAUUUAUGAUUUCAUAAUGUGUCUAGAGUCUAAUAGUAUUAUAAAAUAAUGGUGCCAUAGAAAACACACCUGUGCAGUUAUCGGAUCAUCCCAGUCUAAAUCAGUAGAUAAAACACAAUAUGGAUAUGCUUCACCGUCUUGAGGUCGAUUUAUAAAACAAUCCGAAUCGCAUUCUUUUUUUUCACCCUUAGCAUCAUUUCUCCAUUCACUUUCUUCCUGUUCUUCAUUCAUACAACAUGUUAACGAUUCAAAAUUUGACAUUAAUGAUUCGGAUAUGUUUAAACUUCCUGGCGGUAAAAUUGAAAUUCCGUUAUCCAAGGCAAAUUUUUGAGCUCCAUUUUCGACGAUUAGGACAUGUUCCGUUUUCUCUAAUACCUUCCGUGCUAUAAUUAGAAAUUGAAAUUGGAAAUUAGGGUAGAUUGUUAACUGGAAAUGUUUUUAACCGUACACUGAUUUGUUAGAUAAAAUAUAUACCUAAAGAAAUAGGAUGUUCUAUGUCACGAACAGCGCCUACACAUCCAGCGUCGCGUAUCGUCAUUAUAGCAGCAUCCGUGACAAUUUCAUCGUUAACGUCCAAAGAACCACCUUUCGCACAAUUAAAAAACGGCUUACUUUCCAUAUAAAUGAUUCCUUUUUCUACCGCAUCCACUGCUGAUCGACCAUUGAUAAGAUCACUAUACGCUUCAAUGGCGGCAUUUUUAACCUAUUUGUAUGAAUAAUUCUUCAUUUAAUAAUUAUUUACAAAAAGGUUUACUAACUAUCAGGUAUGUUUUAUAAA